UUCCUCAUGCGCACGUGUUUUCGUGUUAUGCACAGAAAAUGUCAACACGGGAGAUUGUCACAUUACAGAUCGGUCACUAUGCAAAUUUUGUGGGCACACAUUGGUGGAAUAUUCAGGAGUCAUCGUUUGUGUACACACCUCAGGCACUCACAGGGCCCAAGGAAAUUAACCAUGAUGUGCUCUUCAGGGAGGGACAAACAUUGCAUGGGGAGGUGACAUACACACCUCGUCUCAUUGCUGUGGAUCUGAAAGGGAGCCUGAAUGCACUGAGAAGGGAGGGAAUUCUGUAUGAGGCAGGCAAGGAGGAGGAAGUUAAGUGGGAGAGUGAUGUUGCGCUUCAUGAGUCCAGCCCAGUUCAGAAGAAUAAAUUCCUGGAAGACUUGGAUCGUGUGGAGGCUGAGCAGAUGUCAGAUGUCCAUCCAAAUCUAGAGGAGGAACUUGAUAACCCCGAUAAGAAACCAAAACUUGAGAAGUCAGAGACUGAAGAUGCCGUGUUUGGUCGUAAACUAUACAAUCUGGACAACAAUGUGUCCGUGUGGUCUGACUUCCCCGUCCACCUUCAUCCCAAGUCCCUGCACAUAGUGGAUGACUUCAUACACAAGAAUGAGGACCAGACAUUCGACAUGUUCCAGCUUGGCGCUAGUGUUUUGAAGAAUGUUGAUGCCAUGGAUGCCAUGGAGGACCAGAUUCGCUUCUUUGUGGAGGAGUGUGACCACCUGCAGGGGUUCCACAUGCUGCUGGACUGGUGUGAUGGGUUCGGGGGAUAUGGGGCUAGCCUCCUCCAGUACCUGGAGGACGAAUACACAAACAAGGCUCGGAUGACAUGUGCCGUGUCUCCUGCUGUCAUGCCUGAUUCUACUGUUCGCCAGCGUGCCAAUCGAAUCAUCAACAGCGCAUUCUGUCUAGACAAGGGAAGUAACUUUAGCUCUCUGUUUGUCCCCAUGUCUCUGGCCGGCUCUCUGUGGAAGAAGAUGGGGCCAUCUCGAGACUUUCCCCAUCUCAGCUACAAGGGGGAACUAGACUACCACACCAGUGGCAUCAUGGCAGCUUGUCUGGAUACACUGUCUCUCCCGUACAGGCGUGAGGGCUUCGCAACACAGCUGGCUGAUAUCACAGCGUCAUUCAACAAUCUCGGGAGAAAGGUUGCAGCUGUCUACUCCAGCCUCCCCUUCCCUCUCACACCCCAGGGGACAUUUGUUGAGAGUCUGAUGUCCCACAAAGACCACCCACCCUGGUAUUCCCUCACCCCCCAUGUAGGCACCUGUCUUGACCCUACAUGCAGUCCUCAUCCCCGAAUACUGACAGGCUGUUCCUCUCUCGCUGAGGUUCUCCACCUUUACCUGUCAGAGACAUAUCCACAGUCCCUUAAUGCUGGCUGUACAAUGCGAGAUGCUUGUAAAGUUGUCUCCCCUUACCCACAUGUUUUCUCCAGCAACGUGUCCAGCAGUGGCUACAUUUGUGAUACAGACAGGCCAUCAUACCAAGGUGUGGAGUCAGUUCCUGUAAUGACGUCUCUUCAGUCCAAUGACAGUGUUUACAACCUGACCAGCAGUCUCCACAAUGAGGCAUCCCGCUUCAACAUCAAGAAGCACCAUCACUACCUUGAGGCAGGGUUGGAGGAGGACGAAUACCGAGAGACACUGGACAAUGUGUCCACACUGGGGCAGUGCUACAAGACAGACACAUCCAUAUCCUGACACCUGCUGCAACAUCCUGGACAGAACUAUGAACUGCAGUCCAGUGUUUAAUACAGAAACAGGCUCCAUAACCUGAUAUAACGAGAUGCUGCUUUGCUGUUAUCAGCUGGAACUGGUUUCUUAAAACCAACCAUCAAUGUCCAAAUGGUGAUCCAUGCAUGCGUGUCCAGUGUUUGGAAAUUGGAUUGAUCUUGGUUUGUUUUUUUGUCUGUAUUUGAAACUAGGGACUCCGUAAACCUUGAGCUUUUAACAAAGUGUCCAAGGCAUAGUUUUAAAUGCUGA